ACCAUUGGCAGUACUGCGUGAAGGGCUAAACUGUUCGCUUCGACGGUUGUUUUAAAGUCCUUAUCUCUGUCAGAGGAAGAAGGCAGCUUGCUUCCAGAGAGCAGUGAAUAAUCUGUGCGAAGUGCAUCAAGGCAGGACGAUGAAGCUGUUGUGUGUUGUCGUCAUCCUCUGCACCUGUAUCACUGAAGCACGAUCCCUGAUCUGCAACCAGUGCUUUGGAGCUGUGUGCAACCCCUCACCAACAAAUUGUCUGUCUUCGGUCACCAGAUGCCAGACAGCUUCGAUCAGACGAUCGAUCGGCUUCUUUACCAUCUCGCAGAUCACGCAAGGAUGUGAGCAGAACAGUCAAGCAUUUUCUUUCAGCAGUGGAGAGAUUUUUUUCUCCAGGGACAACAAAUUCUGCAGAACUGACCUUUGUAACACUCAGACGACUGCAGACCCGACCAAUAUGACCCUGAAUGGGUUGGAGUGUUUCGGAUGUGUGGGCACUGAUGCUCAAUCCUGCAUUAGCCGUCAACAGAGCGUGAAGUGUGUGGGCCAACAGAAUCGGUGCAUCAAUGCAACAGGCACACAGAACAUCUUACGGACAGAAGAGGCUUUUUUCACCAAGGGAUGUGCUACUGAGAGUAUCUGUAAUCACUCAAUCAAUCUUGAAGAAUUUUUAAUACGACUGAAUUCAAUGCCUCUGUGCUGCACCGGCAACCUGUGCAAUAACGUCGAAAAUGCUACAGUUACCAGCACCGUGGGUAUGACGUCGACUCAAGGUCAAACUGUCCCUACGACUGCAAUGAGCACCAAUGCGUCGAGCAUAGCAACCGUAGCUCCGACCACCACUCCGACCACCACCACCACCACGACACCAGGGAGCGGGGAGAGCAACGACUCGUCUAGCAACAGCGGGGGGACAUCAGAUUGAAAGGGUUCGCUGACGCCGGGUCCAGUCUGUCCCAGCUCCAGGCACUUACUGGGGUUGGGCGGGCGGGAAUCUUCGGUGUGACCCGUUUGCUGAGGUGUACCCGGUUCUGGCUCUUUCGCCUGAAGCCUGUCACCGGCCGAAUGCAAGAAUUGUGUUCUUUCUUUGUCUGUAUAUGAAUUAAGGGGUGAGAUUCUCGUGUAUUUAUCUAGACCGUCCAAUCUGCAGGAACGUUAACCAUAACUUUAAAAAACAGGCUCGAUCCAGUUUAGAGCUGGGAGGUAAGUGGAGCGGCAGGAGCUGGAUGACAUCUAUCUCUCUGCUCUUGGACCGGCUGUUCAGGUGAAUAAACCCAUGAUUGUGCACUGAAAUGUGCAUAGGCAAUUCUACUUGGUCACUUCAGGGGAACCCCAGCAGGCGGCUUGGCAACAUGGUAGGGGCAGCAGAGCACAACCAACCAGGGAAGACAGUGGAGCAAGAUAUAAGAGAAGGGAAGCUGUAAACUGGGCAAUCAAAUCGAAAACUACGAGAAAAAGAGUGCUGUCUGCCAUCGAAAUUCCACAUGGAAAGUAUAUAGCUGGCAUGUUGCUGUGAACAGCUGCCUGGACGUGUCAAGUGUGUAAUUUUUGUUUUUCUUUCCUGGCUUUAUCUGAAUAAAGUUUUCCCAAAAUGGAA